AUCCAAUCCCACACAGAUCUCUCUCCUGGAUCUUCCAGAAUCGAAAGUCCGAAACAGAAUAGAGUACUCUCCCACGCUCCCCCAACCUCCGCCAUCCACCCCACCGCCAAUCCCCAUUCCCGCUCGCCCCGCUCCUCUCCAUGGCGGAAAAUCUCCCGAUCUUUGUGAUCCACGAGAUCUCCGCCCGGCUCCCGUGCGAGAUGGACCGCCUCCACAUGGCGCUUGCCUGCCGAUGGUGGCGUCAGGCCCUCGCGCUGCAGGACGCCCCGCCCCUGCUCCGAAGACUACCAUGGCUCGUCUUCCCCUUUGUGGAGGGCCCCGACUUCUGCUGCAUCGCAUGCGGAGGUGGCGUCCAAAGCACCACGCACCGCGUGCGUGCCCCGGAGCACGAGCGCCGCGCGCGCUACUUCGGCUCCCACGACGGCCGGUGGCUCCUACUCGCCGCCAGCCGCCUCGGCGUCAACAUGGCCACCAACGUCCGCAGCGGAUUCGGGUACUGCCUGCCGGACAAGUCCGUUGAUCUGCGGGGCGAGAUCAACUUCGGGAUGUACAUCCACGCCGCCGCGCUCUCCUGUUCACCAGAUAAACCAAACUGCAUCGGCGCGGCCGUGGUUCAGUACCUGGCGGACCUCCGCGCCCCGCGGCGGGUGGCGUUUUUCACCGUCGGGGACGGUGGCGAGUACGCGGUGGAUCCCCUCCCCGAGGACUUUGAUGAGGAUCCUGAAGAUAUCAUUCACUUCGACGGCGCUUUCCAUGUGCUGACAAGCAACGAGCAUGUCCAUUCCUGGAAGCCUAUCUUUUCCAACAACGGAGAUGUGCGCCUGGAUUCUCAUCACUACAUCUUCUGCCACGACGGACGGUUCUACGACGAGCACGUCUAUGGUCGCUACCUCGUGCAGUCCCGCGGCGAGCUGCUCAUGGGUGUCAAGUUGUCUCCAGAUUUCGACUCCAGUGCUGGUUUCACGUCAGGAUUCAGACUGUUUCGCAUGGCUCGGAUGCUUAACCUCGACGCAGUUGCUGGCAUGACAUACUGCUAUUGGGAAGAGCUUCCUGAUCUCGAUGGAAGAAUGAUGUUCCUCGGCCGAGGAUGCUCGAGAUGCUACGAGAGACACCGGGAAGUGGACGCCAGGGCUGCCUCCCAAUGUCGAGCGCUUCUUCCCGAAGGAGGGCCCUUCAAACCACUCUUCUCUGUCUUGGCUUCUCCCUUAGACGGCAGGUUUUUUGCUAUGAUCCUCUACCUCCAUUCGAUUAGUAUGUGAUGUUGGAGCGAGAUAGGUGAUGCGAGUGUUCGUUGCUGAUCGAGCUAAUUGCUGUAAUCUUUGUUCAGAUAAGAUGAUUGCUGAAAACUUUGAGAUCAUUGCCGUGCCUUGCGCUUCUAUACUUUCCUGUACUUUUUUGGGAUUCUAUCAGUUUGCGCCCCCUGAUCCUGAAUGCAUAAAUGGUUACCGGUUGUGACCUAGUGAGAAGUAAUAAAAAAACCAUACUGAAAUAUUUGUGUU